AUGAAGAUCAGCGCUUAUAACUGCCGGGGAUUGGGGAAUAGGCCGGCAGUUAGAGGUCUUCUGGCUCACCAGAAGAAGGAGGCUCCGGAUAUUCUCUUCUUGUCUGAGACCAAAAUGGAUGAGAAGGGAAUGGAGAAGUUUCGUUGGUUGUUGGGUAUGCCUCACAUGCUUGUGGUCAAGUGUGAGGGAAGGAGUGGGGGUUUGGCUUUGUUUUGGAGGCGGGGUGUUGAUGUGAGCUUAAGGUGGAAGGGUCGUAUGCAUAUUGAUGUGGAUGUGGUUGGUGAGGAUAGUAUCAAGUGGAGGCUGACCGGCAUCUACGGCCAGCCUCGCCAGGAGAUGAGAAAGGAGACAUGGCGGCUGAUGCGUACCCUCCACCACCAAUCCAAUCUGCCCUGGAUGUGCGUGGGGGAUUUCAACGAGAUCCUGUACAGCUUUGAGAAACAAGGUGGUGUUGUUAAACCCCAAUCCCACAUGGAUAGUUUCCGUGACACCCUGGAGUUCUGCAACCUGCAAGACCUGGGUUUCGAAGGGGAUAUGUUCACCUGGCGCAAUAACAAGGGCCGUGCUGAAGACUAUAUUCGCGAGCGCCUGGACCGGGCAGUGGCCUCACCUGCCUGGCGUCUUCACUUCACGGACUUUAAGGUUAAAAAUGGCGACCCUGAGCACUCUGACCAUAGGCAUGUGGUGGUGAGUGUGGUGCGCUCAAACAGACCAGUCUGGACUGGGAACGGGGGCGUGAAUAAGAGGUUUGAGGCGAGAUGGUUGAUGGAAGAGGAGUGUGAGACGAUGGUGACGAAUGCUUGGGGUCUAGCUGCCGCGAGAGGAGAGGUGAAUAUCAUGGGUAAGCUGAAGACCAUCUCAAAAGAGCUACAUUCUUGGAGCAGGGAUGUUCUAGGCGACCUCCAGAAUCGUAUAAAAAACCUUAAGGUGGAACUCGAGGAGUGCAGAAGGGGUGAUAUCACUGCCAAGAGUGUUUCCAAAGAGCAGAGGGUACGUUUCAAGCUGGAAAGACUCGAGGACCAAUGGGAGAUGUCGUGGAAGCAGAGGGCCCAUGCUAACUGGCUAGAGAAAGGGGAUCGCAACACCUCCUACUUCCACUCUUUUGCAACUGAGAGGAAAAACCACAAUACAAUUAAGAGGCUGAAGGGUGGCGAUGGGGAGGUGGUUACCGGGGAGGAGGGCUUGCAGACCCUCGUUACUAAUUAUUUCUUUAACUUGUUUACCCCCGUGGCAGGUAUAAAUGCAAACCAGGUGUUGGAAAAUAUUCAGGCAAGGGUCUCUCCUCAAAUGAAUGAGGCCCUGGCAGCUGAGUUCUCAAAGGAGGAGGUGAAGGAGGCGUUGGAUAGUAUUGGCGAUCUCAAGGCUCCAGGUGCUGAUGGUAUGCCUGCUAUUUUUUACAAACGGUUUUGGGGUACGGUUGGUGAGACUGUGGUGGAAGAGGUCCUGAAUGUGUUGCGAGGCGGCGAGAUACCAGAGGGGUGGAAUGAAACUGUUGUUGUGCUCAUCCCGAAGGUGAAGAAUCCAGAAAGUUUGAAAGACUUACGCCCAAUUAGCCUCUGCAAUGUCGUUUACAAGCUCGUCUCCAAAGUCUUGGCUAACCGGCUGAAGCUCAUCUUGGAUGAUAUUAUUUCUCCCAAUCAAAGUGCGUUUGUGCCGGGCCGCCUCAUCUCAGAUAACACCAUUUUGGCCUACGAAAUGUCACACUUUAUGAAGAGGAAGAGGUCUGGUAAGCAGGGCUUCAUGGCUGUCAAACUCGAUAUGAGUAAAGCUUAUGACCGCGUGGAGUGGUCCUUCCUGGAGCAUGUUAUGGUGAAGUUGGGCUUCUGUGAGCAAUUUGUCCAGAACGUGAUGAAGUGUGUCCGGUCGGUAUCAUACAAGUUCAAGGUUAAUGGGAACAUUACUGACACCAUCAUUCCGGGCAGAGGUCUUAGACAAGGCGACCCAAUUUCGCCGUACCUCUUCCUGAUUUGUGCCGAGGGGUUUUCUGCUCUUCUCCACGCUGCCGAAGCCGAAGGACAAAUCACUGGUAUCAAGCUUGCCCCGUCUGCGCCUAGUGUUAACCACUUGCUCUUCGCCGACGACUCCCUGCUACUGCUAGAAGCGUCCACCGAAAGUGCUGUGGCUGUCAAUGCAAUUCUGCAUGCUUAUGAGGCGGCCUCAGGUCAAGUUAUUAACAGAGAUAAAUCCUCUAUCCUGUUCAGCAAGAACUGCUCUAGACACCUUAAAGACUCCGUUUUGACUGUGUUUGGCCUCCGUGCUGAGGUGCAGGGCGGCAAAUAUCUGGGCCUCCCAACCUAUAUUGGCCUCGAUCGAGCUAAAGCUUUUGCUUACAUAAAGGAAAAGAUAUGGAAGAGAAUUGUGGGAUGGAAAGAGCGGUUCCUGUCCAAAGCGGCUAGGGAGAUCCUCAUUAAGGCGAUAGCACAAGCCAUUCCGACUUAUGCCAUGGCCUGUUUUGACCUUACGAAAGGCCUUUGUGAUGACAUUGCACAGAUGAUUUGUAGGUACUGGUGGUCACAACAGGACAAUGAAAAUAAGGCGCAUUGGGUCAGCUGGAAGAAAAUGAUGAAACCUAAGGAGGAUGGUGGUUUGGGAUUUAGGGACAUUUAUGAGUUCAACCUUGCCAUGCUUGCUAGACAGGGAUGGAGGCUCCUCCAGGCACCCAAUUCUCUCUGUGCCAGAGUCUUAAAAGCUCUGUACUUCGCUGACGGUGAUGUCCUGAGCGCUGGCCCUAUGCCUGGGAUGAGCUAUGUGUGGAGAAGCAUUCUCAAAGGGAUUCAGGUCCUAAAGUUGGGCAUCAUCUGGAGAGUGGGUGACGGCAACAACAUCCGCAUUUGGGAGGAUCCCUGGAUCCCGGACAGCUCUACCCGUGGCCCAAGCACGAUCGUUGGGCACAACCAGAUCAAGUGGGUUGCACAGCUCAUCAAUACCAUCGAUAAUGCUUGGAACAGCCAGCUGGUGAGGUCUAUUUUCAACCCGAAUGAUGCCGAGAAAAUUCUUAGAAUUCCUAUCUUUGGCCAAUGGAGUGAUCAGGUGGCCUGGCACUAUGACAGCCGAGGGGUGUUCUCCGUCAAAUCGGCGUACAAGGUCGCUGCCCUCGCGGCUGACUCUGACCAACAAGCUGGUCCUGCUGAUGGCGUGAGGGGCAGCAUCUGGGAGCAAAAUGUGUGGAAUAACAUCUGGAAGCUCGAGUGCCCGCCCAAGGUUCACCACUUCCUGUGGAGAGUUGGACAUGAUAGCCUACCUAUGCGUAUGAAUAUUGAGAGAAGACAUAUUGACCUGGACACUAGAUGUGCCAUCUGCAACAAUUUUUUUGAAAAUGGUGGCCAUUUGUUUGUCAGAUGCUCUGAAGUCAGGAAAGCUUGGCGUGUGCUAUCUCUGGAGGAUGUCCAGCAGAAACUGCUGUCCUGCAGUUCGGGGAUGCAGCUACUGGAAUCAAUCUUGAAGCUGCCUUCUGAAAAGAAAAUGCUCUCCAUCGCCUUCAUCUGGAGUUGGUGGACGGAGAGGAACAAAGCCAACCGUGGCGAGAGGAGACUCAGUCUUAGCGAGCUGUUAUUCGCUGUCCGUGCGCACUGCCUGGAGUGGCACUUGCACCUGAGCAAGAAGACGACUUCGUCGACGAAGGGCAUUGCGGUCUGGGAAGCGCCCGCUGCCAACUGGGUCCAAAUCAACUCUGAUGGGGCGUUCCAAGCUGCGUCGAGCAAGGGAGGCUGGGGAGCUGUGGGCAGGGACAGCGAUGGUGACUUGGUUUUUGCCAUGGCGGGAGCUGUCCCUCGUGCGAUCGACCCCCUCCACACUGAAGCUUUCGGCCUUCUCCAGGGUGCAAAAAUGGCGAGCAAUCUGGGCAUCGGGAGGGCAAAGUUCGCAACUGACUACCUGAUCCUCAAACAGGCCCUCUCUUCUUCCUCACAUGAUCUUUCAAGACUGGGCGCCCUUAUCUCUGAAAUCAAGUUUACCCUGGAAACCUCCUUCAUUGAUUAUGUUGUAAGCUAUGUGCCUCGCACUAUAAACAAACCAGCUCACUGUCUAGCUACUUUAGGUUUGGCUGGAGUGCGACAUGACCACCAAGUGUGGUAUGAGCACGUCCCUGAUGUUGUAAGCAGGGCCCUGUACGGCGAUCUUGCCGUUCAAGUUUAA